CAGUAAAAAAACUCGGUAUGUCUUCAAUUGUGACAAGUAUUCUCAGUUCAACAGUUGGUUUAUUUUGGAAUAAGGCCCGAGACUUGACGGCAGACAAACUCAAAGACGGCGAUGUAACCGAUACAGAAAUUCGUAAGAUUGUCGUACGAGAGUUAAAUGAUAUCAAGUCUAAAAUCGAUGGCCUUUCCCGAGCAACUUUACUCGCCAGUUAUAAUUUUCUAGAAGAAGGAGUAGAGUUACUCAAUGUUUCUCUUGAUAAAUCAAAUCCCGAGCAGAAAGCGAGCGAAACUCAGGACGAACCGGGUGAACCUUCGAGCGUUAUUCAAUUCAAGAAGGCGCGCGAGACAGCAACCACUGCUUUCUGGAAUGAGGCAUUUAGUAUCGAAGAU